AUGGCAUCACUAUCCUCGUCCACAGCAACAGAGCGUGUGAUACUGUCUUCGUCUUCUCCUUUUUCUCCCGUCCUUCCUCCUGCCGCUUCCGACGAAGCGCUCUUCUCUCCUGAGCUCUCCUGUAGCCGCCAGCCUGCGUCCCCCGCUUCGCUUCCUCGCGCGUCGCCCGAGGCGUGUGCGGCGAAAGAGUUCCCUGGAGCGCCCAACUCCACGCUGAGCGGCUCCUCUCCUCUCUCAGGGAGUCCAAGUUCCUCGAGCCUGUCGAUUCUCGACGAUGACGCAGCCGGAGUCUUAGAGGCAACAGCGGCGUUCCUCGUAGCUUCUCCGGAUUCCGACGCCCCCCGUGGCGAUUCCUCUUCCAGCACAUCUACGCCGCCGCCCCAGUGUCCCUGCCAAGAGCCUCUCAGACCGUUUCACGCGAGCGCGGUCCGUGUCGAGGAAACGAGCGACAGCAGCUCGACGGGACCCCCGAGACCCGGUCCGGGUGUCGCGGGAAGUGCCUCGAUGUCGGCAAACAGCAAAAUGGAGGGUUUCGAGAUCAGCGGGACUUCUCUCGCUGGCGGACGCGACGCCACAGAGUGGAAGCACGUGCCGACCCAAACGAAGGAAGAACAGACAGCUCGAGUGUUGAGCUCGAGCAGCUCGAGUUUGGGGCGCAGGGGCGACGAGGGCAGCCUUCUGCGGCUCUUUCAGUCCGAUUACUUUGACGCGUACUUCCACAUGUACUACUUGUUUCACAGGCAGGAACCGGGCGUCCACGAAUACUUGGUGAAUCUGCUGUACGUGAAGCGAACAGACGAAGACAUCAUCUUCUACCUCCCGCAACUCGUCCAGCUCUCGCUGGUCCGCUUCAAAACCUCGUCGCUUCACCGCUUUCUCCUCGACAAAGCGAGCAAAAGCAUGCACCUUGCUCUCAUGGCGUCUUGGCUCUACCAGUCAAUGGUGGAGGACAAAGUAGCAGGUUUGGAAGAGCCGGCGCAGAAGAUGACGCAGGAGGUGGAAAUGGCCGUUGUGAAUUGCAAACCGCUCGGCGCAGGAACACAGCAAAGCGGAUGGGGUCGGAAGGAAGAGAUGGAAGAACAGGGACAUGGCGAUCGAGGAGAGGAGAGAAGACGCAACUCCGAAAAUGAGUUCGCCGUUGAUCUUUUCAAAAGACCCGCGGGGUUUGCCCGCGGGCCUCUGCGGCGGCCCACGCUGUCUUCGGGCGCUCUGCGUCCGCGCAUUCCCGAGAGCCUGCGCCACUUGACGGGUCCGACGACGAUGUCAGGGGCGAAGGUGAAGUUGCCGUCGGUCUACGGGAAGCUGGGGAAUCCCCUCGCUCUCUCCACGCUACAGCUGCUGCCCUUUUCGAGCACGGGCGCGGUGUCGCGACGCGAGGCGCGAGAGAAGGUGCGCAGCGGGGGGAGGUGUGAAGGCGCAGAGGAAGAGGCAAGUGGCGCAGGGGACAGGAAUCGAGACGCGCCGGCAGGUCGGGAGGCGACGGGACCGAACGGCCGCAGCCUGGAAGAAGCGCAGGGGGACCGGGAAGACGAAGGCGGCGACGGGAGUGCGGACUGGGAAAGCGACGGACGGGAAAUGGAAGAAGAACUCCAGCAGUUUAUUAUGAAACAGCGACGGUGUGACUACUUCAACACGUUGAACCACUUCAUUUCUCUUCUCAUCGAUGUCUCCAACGCCCUGGCUCUCGAACCGGAUCGGUCGCUGCGGUAA